AUCAAACCAAAUCUCUAUCUCUCUCUCUCUCUAAAAAAUCAAUUACAAUUUUUUUUUGUUUUCCAAAAAUUAGUAAUUAUUCAUACUCCAGAUCAAGGUUUUCUCGAAUUAAUGCUUCUUAUGCCGCAUUUCAAGAUCAGGCUGUAUCGAAUUUGAUCGGACAUUUCAAUGGCGUGAUACAUCAAAGUCAUGGCUCCUACCAAAAACUCAGAAUCUUCUUCACAGCCUCCUCCUCAGGUGCAGCCACCACAACAACAACAGCAGAAUCAGAAUAACAAUCCUCAUGAACAAGACCAGGAGACUCAGGGUGACACGUGUAGCCUUCCACAGUAUGGAAACUCAGACUCCCGUUCCCGUGGUGGCAACACUGUUUUCAAGAGUGGAACGCUCUCUAUAUCAUCAAAAGGGCUUGGGUGGACAUCUUGGAAGAAGAGAUGGUUUAUUUUGACUCGUACUUCACUUGUUUUCUUUCGUAGUGACCCGAACGCAGUCCAGCAGAGGGGCAGUGAGGUUAACUUAACCCUUGGGGGAAUUGAUCUCAACAAUUCAGGCAGUGUGGUUGUUAAGGCAGAUAAAAAGCUGUUGACUGUUCUCUUCCCUGAUGGUCGUGAUGGACGCGCCUUCACACUCAAGGCCGACACUAUGGAGGAUCUACAGGAGUGGAAAGUUGCUCUAGAAAGCGCUUUGACUCAAGCACCUAAUGCCUCUCAUGUUAUGAGUCAAAAUGGUAUCUUCACAAAUGAUCAUGCAGAUGCCCCUGUCAGUGUUGAAGAGCAGAAAGACGAAACACCAACAAGAUCAACUGUCACUGGAAGACCAGUUUUGCUUGCUCUAGAAGAGGUUGAUGGAUCUCCAUCUUUCUUGGAAAAGGCCCUUAGAUUUGUUGAAGAUCAUGGAAUUAAUGUAGAAGGAAUCUUGAGACAAGCUGCUGAUGUUGAUGAUGUUGAACAUCGGAUUCGUGAAUAUGAGCAAGGGAAAAAUGAGUUCACUCCCACGGAGGAUGCUCAUGUUAUUGCUGAUUGUCUUAAGUAUGUUCUUAGAGAGUUGCCUUCCUCUCCGGUGCCUGCAUCUUGUUGCAACGCCCUUCUGGAAGCUUGCCGUACUGACCGUGGCAAUAGAAUCAAUGCUAUGCGGGAAGCAAUUUGUGAAUCAUUCCCUGAACCAAAUCGACGCCUUUUGCAAAGAAUCCUGAUGAUGAUGCAAGUAGUGGCCUCUAACAAAAAUGUGAACCGGAUGAACACGAAUGCUGUUGCAGCGUGUAUGGCACCUUUACUUCUUCGACCUCUUCUGGCUGGCGACUGUGAAAUCGAAAAUGAUUUUGAUGUCGGCGGUGAUGGUUCUAUGCAACUUUUGCAAGCAGCAGCUGCAGCAAAUCAUGCCCAGGCUAUAGUGAUAACACUGUUAGAAGAAUAUUCCAGCAUAUUUGGAGAAGGUUCCUUAUCGCCCGGCUUGUACUCUGACUCAGAAGAGAGUGGUAGUGGAACGGAGGAGGGAACAGAUGAUGAAGAAUAUGACGAUGAAUAUGAUGGCACACAGGGAUCUGAUGACUACACAGAUGAGGAAGAGGAUCUUGAAAAUGAAUCAAACGGAUCAUACAGUGAGAGUGUUGCCUCGGACGACAAUCAUGGGGAUGACUUUGUUCAUGAUGACCACAAGGCACGUUCCUAUACUAAGAUAAAUGAUAAGUUAAGCUCUGAAUCCAAAACCCCAAAAGGAACUACGGAGCCUCAAGUUACUAAGAAGCUUUUAUCCAGCUCUAAACGAUCUUCACUACCACGGCAUGAUAAUGCAAAAAAAGAUGAAAAUAUCCUGGUUAAAGGUGCUGAAAAUGCAGAGGUAAAGACUGUUGUAGAGGUUUCAACAACUGAGGAUAAAAGCUCAUCAGCACCAGAUGUGGCAUCUGACAUUAAGAAACCGUCUACAUUAUCCAGUCCACCCGGUGGAAGUAAUAAGCGCUGGGGCCGUACCCCUGGAAAGAAAAACCUUCCGAUGGAAUCCAUUGAUUUUGCAGCGGAGGUGGAGGUGGACGAGGACGAUGCUGACAUUGAAAGACUUGAGUCAGCCAAAUCGGAGUUACAAAACAGUAUCUCAGAGGAGGUUAAAAACAAUGCAGUUCUACAGGCUAGUUUAGAGCGACGGAAGAAAGCUUUGUACGUGCGGCGCGAAGCACUAGAGAAAGAUGUGGAAAGACUACAGGAACAGUUGCAGCAAGAGAGAGACAAGAAAUCAGCCCUGGAAGCAGGACUGAAGAUGUCAAAAGGGAAUCAACCUAUUCCAGAAAUAACUGAUGAAAAGUUGAAGAAAGAUCUGCAAGACGUAGCUCAGGCGGAGGCUGACAUUGCCAACUUGGAACAUAAGGUUGAUGAUCUUGAAAAUAGACUUAGUCCAAAGAACGUAAAACCCUCUGGUUCAACGAAUGGUGCCAGCAAAGAAUCUUGGAAAACUCCAGAGCACAAUGCAAAAAUCAAGUCUGUUUCUUCUUCCUCUGUAAUAAAUAAUGCACUACAGAUCCGUAACAUUUUGCAGGAUGAGCAAGAGUCUGCAAGAGAAAAUGAGAUAGAGAAGCAACAAGAUCAACGGAGCAAAAGCUCGCAACAAGAAACUUCACGUGGCAGCUCAAAGUCUGCGAGCAUGUCAAAGAGGUCUGGCUCAAAGGGAGAGGGAAACACAUCAACUUCUGCACUUUCCAAAUUGACAAUGCGGCUCAACUUCCUGAAGGAGAGACGGAGUCAAAUCGCAAGCGAGCUCUCAAAUAUAGACAAAGGAAAAACCACAGGACAACCCAGUCCAUCCUCGGUGCAAAACCAAAGUUUGCAGGAACGUGAAAGAGAAACAGGAUCAAACCAGAGCCAGAACCAUGAGUCACAGAGCAGCAAACUCCAUAGCCAGCAUGUUCUAGACAGAGGAAGAUCUGAGAACGGAGGAGACAGAGGCAGAGUAGGAUCUGGAGGAAACCAACCCAGCACAACACCAAGGACCUUAUCCAGAUGA